UCAGUCCCGUUGACAGUUUUGACAUUGACAGAUGUGCGAAAAAUUCUAUACAAAAAAGUUGUUGAAUAAACUUCACUUUCCCAUGUUUUUGUAAAUUGUGAUAACAGUAAAUCUCCGAUUACGUUGCUCUCAACCCUCACCACCCCCCGCGCUAGAUAAAUAUGAUAAAACUAUUCUCGUUAAAGCAGCAGAAAAAAGAUGGAGAAGCCUCACCGCGACCAGGAAAUCAAAAGAAAGCCUCUGCAGCCCAGUUGAGGAUUACGAAAGAUAUCAACGAGCUGAACCUGCCCAAGACCUGCACGACCGAGUUUCCCGAUCCGGACGACUUGCUCUCUUUCAAACUGGUGAUUUGUCCGGACGAGGGCUUCUACAAGACCGGCAGAUUCGUAUUCAGUUUCAAAGUGGGCCCCAACUACCCGCACGAGCCGCCCAAAGUCAAGUGCGAGACGCAGGUGUACCACCCCAACAUCGACCAACAAGGCAACGUGUGUUUGAACAUUUUAAGGGAGGACUGGAAACCCGUACUGACCAUCAACAGUAUCGUCUAUGGAUUGCAGUAUUUGUUUCUCGAGCCCAACCCGGAAGACCCGCUCAACAAGGAAGCGGCCGAAGUGCUCACGACCAACAGGAGGCUGUUUGAGCAGAACGUCCAGAAGGCGAUGCGUGGAGGGUAUGUUGGCAGUACUUAUUUCGACCGCUGUCUCAAGUGAUUCUUAUGUGUAAAGAACUUAUUUAUAAGUUUACUGUUUUAUGCCUGUUGACGAGGACACUCGAGUGAUUCUUGCAUACCUAAUUAUUACUAAUUUCGUUUAUUAAAGCUAUCAACAUGUUGUUUUAUUUGGCUUUUUCAUCUCAGUUGUUGAAUUGUGAUCAUAUCUCACUCCAGUAUAAAUCACCACAAAACGGUGUGUUGUAAUUUCUCCUCAGUGAAAUGUAACAGAUUUAAUUAAGAAAAUAGAUAAUUUUUCAUAAUAAAACUACAAAAAUUUGAA